AUGGCAACCUCGGAAAGCAGCAGGAGCACAUUCAAGGCGAACAACUUCAUCUCCAUCCAUGACCUCACCCCUGAAGGGCGCACCCUCUGGGUCUCGUCCUCCGUCACCGACUGUCUCGGCUACACCCCUGAGGAGUUCCUGCAAGUCACCACCUACGGGAUUCUCCACCCCGACGAUCAUGAGCCCGCUUCCGUCACCCACCGCGAACACGUCCUCAACGACAUGAUCGCCACGCAGAUCGUUUUGAGAUUCAAGGCCAAGGACGGGUCCUAUGUUGCCACCACGUCCUUCUUCUCCCUCUGCUAUGACUUUAUCAUCAACUGCACCACCGUCGUCGAUCCAGCUGCCAGGUGUCCCUUAGUCUCAUAA